AUGGCGCAAAUGCAACGACAACAGCAACAACCUAACCCCACAGCACCUUUGUUCUCUCAGAAGAAGGCGAACGACGUCGUACAUCCUGUCAACGUGCAAAAACCGCAAUAUCAAGACCAGCGAACCUUUGUUGAGCGGCCAGUGGACGACGAUGCAACAUCGCGAUCUUCCACGCUGGACGGCAACGAGGAGGACCCCUAUCCAUCGAAGAAGUCAUUGGCGCCUUCAGCCACGAAGAUGAGCCUCACAGGCCAGGAGCCGGUAUCUCCAGCACCCGCACCGCAUGUCCCUGGUCCUCUGGAGUCGCAACUUGCCGCCCUAAUGUCCAAGCUUGUCUACAUCGAACAAUCGAAUCCUGCCAUAUCAGUCAAGCCUGAAGAGUACGAGCAGACGAUGGCGCGUCUGAAAGCGUUGGAAGACGAGAAGAAGACAUGGUGGAAGCGACACGACGCCAUCUGGGCCCUUCGAGACGAAGAUGUGGAGAACAACAUUAAGAUUCGUGGACUGCUAGCUAGCUGUCGACGCGAACUGGACGCGACCAAAAAGCUGCGCGACGAAGAUCUCAUCAACGUGCAGAUUGUACGGAGCAAGCUUGCGGAAAAGACAAGAGAGGUGGAGCGACUGCAUGCACAGACUGGACGAAGCAGUCCAAGCCGGGGACGUCCAGGCAGCUUUCUCGAAAGGCGCGACACAACCGACCUCUUUACCGCGGCCAAGGUGGCAGCUCUCGAGCAACGAGCUCUCGAAUUGGAAAAGCGAAACUCUGAUCUUGUCGCGCAAUUAGGGGCGCCGCGAGGUGGCAGCAUCGACGAUCUGAACCGAUCGACCGCUCACCAAGCGUGGAAAGGGACCGUUGCUGAUCUUGAAUCCAAGAUCAGGGCCAAAGACGCUGAGCUCGAGCGGCUACGGUCCCAGGGUGCUUCGGGAGGAAGCGGGCAGAUGGACUGGUACCGAAUUGAAGCCCUGCUUGAGGAACAUGCCACCUACCGCGAGAGCAUCGGAGGCAAGCUGCAGGCUCUCCGGUCGGAGAAGGAGGGACUCAUGAGAGAUCUACACCGCAAGGAGAAUGACUGCCAAGUGUUGGAACUCAAAGUGCAGACGCUGCAGAGACGGGCGAACGUGGUGUGA